AUGAACGACCUAUUUCUUGAGCUUGACAAGGUUCUGGAGAUCAUAGACGAGGAGCACAAACAGGAGAGCCAGCGACUGUUUGACGCGGCCUUCGGGUCUGAUGAAGAGGACGCAGACGUUCACGAAGACCUGGACGAGCGUGACAACAAGGAGCUUGCUGAGAAUUCCACAGCUUUCUGCUGGCAGGAAUAA